GACGAAUCGUCCUGAUUCCAUUCAAUUGGACUUCAGGACUCAGUAUGAGAAUCCAAUAUUGUAAUGAGUGGUCUGCAACUAUCAAUGUCCCCAAUGGAAUACUCAGUACAUUACGCCAGCCAAACGGACUCCGUAUCUGAGGCAUGAACCUCAAAGAUCCACUGAAUUGUUACAGGUAUAGGAAUGUUCUUCCCGGUCCAAGGACAUUUUGGUUGGGCCUCGAUAUGUGAAUUAUGAAUACUCAUCACAACCAGGGACUAUGGCCUCCCAUCAUCUCAUCUUUCUGUCAUGGAAACCGAAUAUCAAUAUGGCCAUGGAUAAGACAUGAGCAGCCAUGCAGAUAGAUGCCCAACACCGGGCAAUUUACGAGCACUCGUGUUACACGUGACAGCUGGCUGGUAGAAGAUGACUAUGUGCAAAGCUAACUGCCUCCACUAAAUCUAGAGCAGUGAUAUGGAGCGGACUAUCGUGUUCCAUACAGUCUCAAGCAAGCAUCAAAGGACCCUUUGUGUCCUAAUUGAAGGGACAAUCAGCAACUGACUCCACAGAUGAGGCGCGGUGCACUCGGGGAAGCGAUUAAGACAUGGCUAAGUCAUCCUCCGUGUCAGGCAACAGCAGCAUUGGUAGCCAGCUAGGCCAGGGUAGGGCUAUCCUCGCAGCACCCUCUUUGCCUCCCGGUCGAACAAGUGACAACAUGGCAUUGUUUUCUCAGGCAAUCAAUAUCCAAUGAAUUUGGAACUUGAGCUGCGACACGAAACGCGACUUCACGCGUUUGGCGUGGCGUGGAGUUGGUGAAGCUCCCCGGUGUUAGAGCUAAACUGCUUCGGGAAAUCUGUAUUGGUAUCGGCCUCAUUUUCGGAGGCAACAUAAACAUUCGAGCCCUCACUGCCUCCACCGUCUUUGUGAGCUGUACUGCGUAUAAAGUCUUGGGAUCUUGAAUCUUUAAACCUUUCUGAUUCUUCCUCCAUAAGCAGGUCAUUCUCCAACCCUAACAGCAAACAUGGAGACUCGUGGCUCAAAGCGCAAGAGUUCGGCUAUUUCUCCACCAAAGCCGACAGGUGCUCCCAGUUACCAGACCACAACACCGCUGAAGAAGGGACCUCACAAGAAGUUACGGUUCUCCGACUCGGUACUUCUUGAAGGCUCUACUGGUCUGACUCCUGCUGUUGGCAAGGCCUCCCUGAAAACUCCCAAACUCAGACGAGCAUCAACUCCAGCCGUCACAAGAUAUCAGGACCAUGACGAAGUACAGUUUCAGCCGUACACAGAUUGUCUUACUCCCAGAACAGUCAGACAGGUUAGGCGGCACGGUCUUAGCGAAACCAUGAAUCAGUACUAUGCAGACCAGAAGACCAACAAGAAACUAGAACAUCAGCUGGAACUCAGAAACAACGAAAUCCAGAAGCUCAAGGCAGAACUGGCCGAAGCACAACACCGCAAUGACCCUGCAGAGGAACUAUGUUCCAGCCAGACUAGAAUAAAUGAGAUGCAGGCUGAAAUCGAACAACUUCAACAGAGUUUCAGCAAUGCUGGAGACGACGAUGACGCAUUCCCCAUUUUCGAAGAUGAGACAGCCGCAGACGACAACCCGCAGUCAGAUGCACUUGAUCCGCUCAUGGAGUCAGAUCUUGAAAAUGCACGUCGAGAUAAACAGUCCCUCUUCACCUCAACCCGAAGUAUAUCUACCAACACCAUUGCCUUUGAAGAUUCGCCAGUCCGUCCAAGAAUUCAUCCCAACCUGCCAAGUCCACCUCGGGACGAUCAAAUUCUGUCGAAAGAGCUUGCGGCUGCAACGAAUCGAGCCGAAGAUGCAGAACUGGCUCUCAAGGCUCUUGAUCUGGAGAUCAAGAGCUUGGGCUUCUCCCCUCGUGCUUAUGAUGACGAUCCUUCAGAUUGUGUGGCAACUAUCAAACAACAUUUUCUCGAUAUGCGCCUUGAGCUUGAGAGAAUAGUCCCUGGCGAAACAGUCGCUUCCUUUGAAAACGCUCUUCUCAUACCGGAAGCUCUGGCGAAGCUCAAGAAGCUGGCUGAUCGGGUUCGAGAACGUGAAGCUGAGCUCAAGUCCAUGAGAGACGAACGUCGAUGUCUCAAGGGUAACUUUGAUCACGCAAUCGUUCGAGCCCAGGAGGCCAGCAGUAGAAUCAAAGAGCUCGAAGAGACGGUCGACAAGAACGCUGAAGAGAUGCUCGAUAUCAGAAUGAGAUCUCAGGCUCUCGAGAGAGAAGCACGGGAGCACGAGGCCAACAACCAGCGUCUGAUCGUCCAGAUUGAAAGCUACCGCCUCGAGGUGAAAAAGAUGGAGGAACUUUUCGAAAAGACAGAGGCAGAACAUGCUGCCACUCUCCAAGAGAUCCACGCUGCGACAACUCAAGAGAUAUCGGAUAUGGAUGCCAAAGUCUCGGCCGAGACUCGGGGUCGUCGUGCGGCCGAAGAAUCUGCGGUGGAACGGCUACGGAAAAUCAACGACCUAGAAUCAGCACUCGCCAGCGCCCGACAACAGGCUGACGUUGCGAAACAGCACCUCUCACGACUCGAACAGGAACUCGAGUCCUCCAGGUCCGCUCACACGAAUUCCACCAAGACUCACGCAGAAGAAAUCGGCGGACUGAACUCGCGCAUCUCAAAUCUCUCCACGGCACUGGCCUCGGCCGACGCGGAGAUUGAGAAGCUCAAGCACCUCAAUGUCAAGCUGGAGGAUCGGUACAAUGCCGAGAUCCAACACGCCUCUCGCGUCGUGGAUCACAUGAGCGUCGAGUUCACGCGUGCCGUGGCCAAGGUCGCCGAGCAGAGAAAGGGUUACAUUCGAGGCGCGACGGUCCGUCACGCCAACUGGCAAAUCGAGAGUGACGAUCUCGUAUCCGAUCCCAUCCUACCCAUGACCCCUGCGAGCGUCGUUCGGUUCUCCAGUCCAGAGUAUGAACCCCUGUACAACGACGAUGACGACCACGUUCCAGGCAGUGUCGAGAUCGGAAGGGGCAAGGGAAAGAAGACCGGCGGCGCUGGCAGUAGACGCGGUAUAGUGCCGGGGUUGGGCAUCAUGAAGAAGAAACCUCGACGGCGAUACGAUAGUGGAAUCGGCAUGGGUUCAUUGAGCGAGGCCGAGGACGAGGCUGUCUCGAGCGAUCCCAUGACGCCUGAAUUGAGUUCCGAAUUUGAUGUGGAGACUGAGGCUGACAACCGAAUGAUGGUGACGGGUUGAGCAGAUGACAGAUUGCGACGCCUGACGGGCACUCUUUUGUCUAUUUUCCUUGUGUUUUUUUGGAUUGAUUGAAAGUUGCUCAAUUUUGCAUAGCGAUGCGUGGACAGGUUGUUGGAUUACAGACACGAUUUUUUCUCUUUUGUGGCAUGGACCUGCAAGGGAUUGGGUACUCUAGGCAUAACAUGCGAUCGAUGUUGUGGGAUGGUUUUGCGGCAAGGGGAAGUUUGUCUUUGAGCCUCAGCUGUGCCCGAGUUCAAUCACAGGGUAGACGCGUGCCUACAGUAGGACAAUCAAAGAUCUCUUCCACGACUUUUUCCAGGACUGAGGGUCAUUUGGCAACAGGAAUCUUGACUACAGUAAUACUCUCGUGAGCAAAAAAAGGACGCAAAGAUCAACCCACAACUUAACAUGAGCAUCUUCCCCCUCGGCAUUAUCAUCCCCAACUACCUUUACCAAUGGAUGAUGUAGGUACCAUAUGACGGUCAGCC